CUACAAAAAAGGAAUUGCCGUAUGCAAAUCAUGCGGUUCGAAUAUUACAGACAGAGACGCAACAACUUCCAACUUCGUUCGACAUUUGAAGUUGCACAAAGAAGGUGUUUAAAAAGAGAAUAAGACGUUCAAGACUACUCAUCUACCUUGAAAAAUACUUUCAGAAUGAAGUUGUCCUUCGUCUUCCUUCUCUUGUUAGAGAUCGCCAGGUCAAGAGCGAUGCAGACGAUUGAGGAGUUUGGCAACAUUUUUCUGAGACUUGACUUCCCAUCGUUUUAUAAUGCAAAUAUCAAGUCGUGCUGUAAGGUUUAUCCAAGUGGGUGUCAUGCCCUUCUGGACAGUACAGGAUACACCCAUCAGUUCUUGAGAGGAAGAGUCACCAAGUUUGAAACAGACAGUUGGAUUGUGUUCAAAAUAUCAAGGGUUGGGAUUCUUGAUGGAGGCCACUACAGAUGUGCUGUGAUGAGCGCUCCAAACUAUAUGUACACAGAUUAUGUUGUUCAGGUGUCUGAAGCUUCAGUUGACCACAGCCAGUCUAAGGACACGCUGUUCAAAACCGAUCAAGACCCCGUCACGCCGAGCACAAGUCCAGAGUCGACUGGUACACAAGUAGCUCGGGAGCACAGCGAGCCCCCCACGACUGUCUGGACGUUUGGCCCUCUGGUAGCUCUCGUUGUGUCCGUGAGUUUCAUCAUUGUUGUCUCCUCCUUGAUUGGAGCCGUUUUCUUUGGACUCAAGAUGAAAUCCAAACAGUUAGACAAGUAUGGAAACUGUCUGCAUGAGUCACCCAAACAAGAGGCCACAGAGACGGCCGCUGUGAUCUACACUACCGUGGAUUUCAGUCCUCAGGACGGACCCGCCGAGCUGUAUGCCAACGUGAAUGUGCACAAGACGCGCAGAGGAUGCUCCCUUCCCCGCGGGGGGGCUGAGCAUGAUGGCGGCGUGGAGUACUCCAUACUUGCAAUGCACCAAUGAAAGUGCAGCGGUGUGUGAUAACACCUCACCACGGGCAGGAGGCUCAUUUUCUGUUACCACGGUUUUGCGGUGGACAGUGUAUUCUUUGGGCCUGAUUUACUAGCGUGUGCAAUCUCUAAAAAAGCGCGUACUAUUAGUUGGCGUGUUGCAAGUGAUUUACUAAGACUGUGUGUGCAAUUGUUAAAGGGGAACUGCGCUUUUUUGGGAAUUUUGCCUAUCGUUCACAAUCAUUAUGAGAGACAAGAACACAUGCCUUUUUUUGGUGGGUUUUAAAGAUAAAAAACACUUGGAAGAUGUGGCUAAAUGGAGUCACCGUUUUAGCCUUCAAAACCCUCUAAACAACUUCAAAACCCUCCACCAACAUUUUGUAUACAACACACUACAAUUCUAUAUAUAAUGUAGUAGCAGUCCCGUUUAUAACAAUAUGUUAUAUGUUGAAUAUGUAUUCAGAUUCAGAUUCAGAAGUCAGGAAAUUAAGAUUUUCAGCACAAUCCCAUGCAAGAUCAGACAAACAUUACAGGGAGACAGAACAGGAUCGCUGACGGGUCUGCCAACUUCCGGUGCCCCUUACAAAAAAGGUGAGA